GCUGAGAAAAGAAAAACAAAGAAAAGAGAGAGAGAGAGCGUGUAGGGUUGGGGUUAUGUUUCUGUGUUGUUUACUUUUUAUGCAUUCCUUUUAAACAUGAGUGGAGCUGAUUUUAAAGUUGUUUUGCUGGGAAGUGAAGAUGUAGGUAAAACUAGUCUAAUGAAGAGGUACAUCCAAGAUCGAUUUCAAUGUAGACCUCAUCAAAAUACAAUUGGUGCGGCAUUUGCAUCUAGAACUAUAUCAACUAGAGGCAGGCAAUUUGUGAUGGGUAUUUGGGACACAGCUGGAAGUGAACGGUACUAUGCUAUGAGUCAGUUGUAUUAUAGAGACGCUAAGGCUGCAAUUGUUUGCUUUGAUCUCACGGAGCUGGUAACCUUUGACCGAGCAAAGCAAUGGAUAACUGAGCUGAGAAACCAUGAAGAGGACUGUAAAAUUUACCUGUGUGGAACUAAAAAAGAUGUUGUGGAUGAUGGAAUUAAAGCACCAGCAUUGUCUCAUGAGAAGGCAUUACAGUAUGCAAAAGGAAUUGGAGCAGUUUACAUGGAAACCUCCAGCAAAACUGGACUCAAUGUUGGUGAGCUCUUUCAAUUGAUAGCAGAUGAGUGUGUCCUUCCCUCUAUUCAUAAUCGAGAUGACUCUAUCAAACUGCGUCCUAGCCCAAACAAGAAUAAUGCUUGCUGUUUAGCGUCAUAGUGCCUUUGAUCAAGUAAUACUUUAUUUAACAAAAUUGUAUUGUGCCAACACAUAGUCCCGUUUUAAACUUGCUCAGAAGGAACUGCCCUAUGGCAAUCUUUUAUAUUAUAGUUAAAAUGUGUUUUUAUUGUUUUUUUUAAUAUUGACGAGAUCAACCAACAAAUUUUACUGUUGUGGAAUUAGGAAUUACUUUUCAAGUUAUUUAAUGACCUCAAUCAAAAGAGACCAAAGUUAAUAAGCUGCAUGAUGAAGUAAUUGUGACACGACAAGCAUAUUUGUGAUUAUUCAGUAUAUUAGCGUUUCUAUUUUUUUGAAUUUUAUAAAUCUAUUUUAUUCAUAUGUUGUUUAUAGUCUCUCUAACUACUGACUUGUGGGAUAUUAUAAAUCUGAUUCCUUUCUAUGAUAAGUUUGUACCAAAGGCUGUGUUGGAAUCUGUUCCUAAUUCUUCAUGUGAUAUGAACCAGGGAAAAUCGUAUUUGUCACAGAAAAGUUGCGGCCCAUCUAACUGUCUGCUCAUUACCUCUGAAGUUACGCCUUGCAACUGCACUUGUACUGUUAUGUAGUAUUUUCAGAAGUUGGAUCACGAUCUAACUAUGCACAUGUUAACAAACAGUAUUUGUGUUGUGGGCCCAGAUGUUUUAAAAUUAUAAGUGAGAUGAUAAAGUGGAUCAGUAUAUAUAUUUCUAUAUAUUAUGUAAAAUUAUAUUUUUGUUAUUUAUAUACACAUAUCAAUAAUGUUAGAAUAAUUUUUGUUUAAGCAAUCGUUCUUCAUAUCUCUAGCCAGAGUAAACAUUUACUUUUCAA